AUGGCACGGAAUGGAAUAUUGGAUAACUACAUAAAUAUAUUAUCCACAAAAUCAGGCGCUUUCGUAAACGGCGACGAUGAGCUCAAGCACUCCUCACUCGAAGCCAGUAAAGAAUUAUUCGAUCGUGGACUUAAAGACGAAAAGAAUUCUCUCAAGUACAUCAACGAUAUCCUCCAAACUUUCAAAAUUCCCGCUGUUGAAACUCGCCAAAAGAAGCAGCAGAAAAGGAAGAGAGGCGGUGCGGAUCAAGAAGAGCAUAUGGAGAUCGAAGAAACUCCCUUAGAUGAGCUCUUUAUCGAUGGCUUCAACGAUGAUCAAAUCUACCACCAACUCGAUCUCAGAGCCAAGGUUAUGUGCGAUUUGGUGGAGAGACUGGUAGACGCAAGUGAUCAGACUGAUAUUCCAGACGAUAAUGACGAGGAUGCUAUCGACGGCGAGGAAGAUGAGGAAGAGGAAGACAUCGAUUUGGAUGAUCUCUCACCAGAAGAGAUUGAAGCUUUGAGAGCAGAGGGAUUGUUAGAUGAUGACGGGAGCGAUGACGCCGAGGAGGACGAAAGUAGCUCCCAAUCAAGUUUUGAUGGUGAAGACGACCCUACAAUUGGUGAAAUCAGUUAUCAGAAACUCAACGACGAAGAACAAGAUAGCAGUGAUGAAGAGGAGACCGCAGGAAAGAAGAGCACAGGCAAACCGCCCAAGAAGGAUGUCUGGGGGCUUGAUGAUGCUUUCUUUUCCAUAGACGAUUUCAACAGAAUGACAGAAGAUCAAGAGGUCAGCGAUCGUCUGCGAAGGAGGAAUGAUGAGGACGAAGAUAGUGAAGAAGAGGAGGACGUCGACAUCUUCUCCCCUGAGGCUGCAGCUCAACUAGAGAAUGACGACGAGAAUGCAAACGACGUCUUCUUCAACGACUUUUUCGCUCCACCUCGUAAAGGAUGGUCUCAUGCCAAACCUCCAAGCUACUCUCUCGCUGAUACACAACCCAAUGCCAAGAAAGAUAAGAAGGAUAAGAAGGAUAAGAAAGAAAAGAAGGAUAAGAAGGAGAAAAGGGAGAAAAGGAGAUCUUCUGUACGCUUCGAUGAUUCCGUCAAAGUGCAAAAAAUUAAGAACAAAAGCAAAGGCAGCAUGCGCGACGAUGACGAUGAUGAUAGCGCUGAUGAUGAUGAGGAAGGUGAUGAGGCUUUCGACGACGAUGCAGACGAUCUUGAGAAUGGAGAUCUCGAUAUGCUUGAUGAGGACGCUCUUGGUGAGAAGGCGGAGGAUCUUGACGAGGAGAUGGACCACGAGGAAAACAGCGACGACAAUGAGCAAGCUGAGGAAAACGAGGAAGAGGAAGAGGAAGGUGAAGCUGGAGAUGAUCCAGAGAACGCUACUAUGGAGAAGUUCAACUCUGAUCUCUUCGCCGAGGAAGAAGAGGAAGAAGAUGGAGAUGAAGCACCUGCAUCUGCUCAUGGUCGCAGACGAACAGCCCUCGCACGUCAAAUAGCCGAUCUCGAAGAUGAGAAUGUCGCAGCGAAGGAAUGGACGUUGAAAGGAGAAGUCUCGUCUAAAGCGCGCCCGGAAAACAGUCUGUUAGCUGAAGAUUUAGAUUUCGAAACCAUCAACAAAAUUACGCCUGAGAAUACUGAAGAGAAGCAAUCGACGCUCGAAGAUUUAAUCAAGCAGCGUAUAAUAAAUGAGCACUUCAACGAUGUGGAGAGGGUGAGUCAAGUGAACGAAAAACCAUUCCUCCCAUCUAGGCUUUUCGAGUUGAGUGACCAACAAUCGUCGCAAGGUUUAGGAGAUCUCUACGCAAAUGAGCACACGGGCAACACUAUAAAUGAUGACGAAAAACUUACCAAGGAGCACCGAGAGAUAGAUGAAAUGUGGAACCAGCUCUCUUCGAAACUUGACGCGCUAUCUAACGCCCACUUCACUCCACCAGCACCAAAGGCGCAGAUUGAGACAGUUUCUAACACCCCAUCUAUUAGUCUGGAGAAUGCACUGCCGACUGCACAAUCGAACGCUAGUCGCGCAGCUCCUGAGGAAGUUUACAGCGGUCCGCGAUUCGGUAAUGUGUCUAAGGAAGAGAUGGCACCUGAGGAGAAACGUGCUCAACGUAGCAGGAUUCGUAAAUCCCGCGCUAAAGAUAGAGCUAAGAUUGCAAAUGUGGUCGACGACAAAUCGCGCAAACAGAGAAUGUCAGUGGGAGAUGAGAAGCGUGAUGCUCUCAAGAAACUUUCACAGGGCAAAGGAGUCACUGUUGUUGGAAAGGGAGAGGCCAACGCUAAGAAGAAGAAGGGUAAUAGUGAAGAAGGCAAGAAUGCAUCAGGAUUGAAAUUGUAG